AUGUGUGACAAGACAUGUGUGGAUCCAUUUCUGGAAGAAACGAUCCAGGUAGUAGUUGAAUCUCAAAAGAAAUGCCUUGCUAAAUGGGAAAGUUGGUUUGAGGAAAAUUCUAUCAGACAACCUGUAAAAGAAGAGGACUUCACAAACUCCAAGAGGCAACAGCGUAGCAUGCAUCAGAGAGAUCUGUCUUGUAAAGUGGAUGACUGUUCAGCCGCAGCAGUAAAACAAAUCUUGAAAGAGAAAGUGGAAAAUUACGACUUUAUGAUUGCUUCUUUAGAGCUUAUGCGCGACAAGGCAUGUGUGAAUCCAUUUCUGGAGGAAACAAUCCAGGUAUUAGUUCAGUCUCGUAAGGGAUGCCAUGCUGAAUGUGAAAGUUGGUUAGAAGAAAAUUCUAUCAGACAACCUUUAAUAGAAGAUGACUUUACAAACUCCGAGAGGCAACAGCGUACCAUGCAUCAGAGAGGUCUAUCUCAUAAAGUGGAAAACCAUUCCGAGUCAGAAGUAAAACAAAUCUUGAAAACGCAAGUGCAAGAUUAUGGCUUCGUGUUUGCUUCUUUAAAGGCAAUGCGUGACAAAGCAUGUGUGGAUCCAUUUUUGGAGGAAACAAUCCAGGUAGUAGUUCAGUCUCAUGAGAGUUGCCUUGCUAAAUGGGAAAGUUGGUUGAAAAAACAUUCUAUCAGACAACCUGUUAAAGAAGAGGACCUCCCCAGCUACAAGAGGCAGCAACAUAGCAAGCGUCAGAGAGAUCUAUCUCGUAAAGUGGAUGACUGUACAGUGGCAGCAGUCAAACAAAUCUUGCAAGAGCAAAUGCUAGAUUAUCGCUUUGUGAUUGCUUCUUUAGAGCUAAUGCGCAAAAGAUCAUGUGUGGAUCUAUUUCUGGAAGAAACGAUCCAGGUGGUAACUGAAUCUCAUAAGGUUUUCUUUGCUGAAUGGGAAAGUUGGUUGGAAAACAAAUCCAUCAGACAACCUGUAAAAGAAGAGGACUUGACAGGCUCCAAGAGGCAACGGUGCAGCUAG